UGUGUGUGUGUGUGUGUGAGACUUUCUUUCCUCUCUGAUGUACGGAUGUAUCUGUGAUGGAGGACGUCCCCUCAGGUGUGUAGUAGCCAGUGGAAGCUAGCAGCAGGUGGCUCAGCCAAUCAGCUGCCAUGUCGAAUAGUGUAAAGCCACUCAUACCUCCCAUAAUCCUCCUGGAAGGGGUGGAGGAGGUUACCGUGAGCAACACAGAGGACACGACAAAGAGUCAGCGCUCUGAGGCUGAUGCACUUUUCAACGUCAACAACAGUAACAACAAUGAAGAAGAGGACAAGAAAGAGAAAAAGAAGAAAGAAAAGAAAGAGAAAAAAGAGAAAAAAGAAAAGAAAGAAAAGAAGGAAAAGAGGGAAAAGAAGAAGGUCAAAGAGCAAGAGGAGAAAGAAAAGGAGAAGGAGAAAGAGAAAGCAAAGAAAGAGGAGCCAAAGGAGAUUUACGUCAUAGAUCCUGCAGGAAACACCUACUACAACUGGCUCUUCGUCAUCACCUGUCCUGUCAUGUAUAACUGGGUUCUGAUCAUCGCCAGAGCCUGUUUUGAGGAGUUACAGCACGAUUAUUUGAUAUUAUGGUUCAUCACUGAUUUUCUAGCAGACCUGGUUUACCUGGCAGACAUGGUCUUCAGGACAAGAACAGGGUAUCUGGAGCAGGGUCUGCUGGUCAAAGACGAACAAAAGCUUCGAGCGCGAUAUAUGGAGACUAUCCAGUUUAAGCUGGACCUCAUUUCUAUGAUUCCCACAGACCUUUGUUACUUUAUUGUUGGUCUCAACUACCCAGAGAUCCGCAUGAACAAGCUCUUCCGGGUCAACCGCCUCUUUGAGUUUUUCCAGCGUACAGAAACAAGGACCAACUUUCCCAAUGUCUUCCGAAUCUCCAACCUUGUCAUGUACAUUGUCAUUAUCAUCCACUGGAAUGCUUGCCUCUACUACUCAUUCUCCAAAGCUAUCGGUUUUGGAGCUGAUAGAUUUGUCUAUCCAGACAUUAAGGACCCAGAAUUUGGCCGUUUGGUGAGGAAAUACGCAUACAGCAUGUACUGGUCCACUCUCACCUUGACCACCAUUGGUGAAACUCCGCCUCCUGAGAAGGAUUCUGAGUACUUUUUUGUGGUUACAGACUUCCUAGUGGGAGUUUUGAUCUUUGCCACAAUUGUUGGUAACGUGGGUUCCAUGAUCACAAACAUGAAUGCAGCAAGAGCAGAUUUUCAAGCCCGAAUUGACGCCAUCAAGCAGUACAUGAGCUUUCGUAAUGUGACCAAGGAUCUGGAGAAGCGUGUCAUAAAAUGGUUUGAUUACCUCUGGACCAAUAAGAAGGCUGUAGAUGAGAGGGAAGUGCUCAAAUACCUUCCAGACAAGUUAAGAGCAGAAAUCGCCAUCAAUGUGCAUCUGGACACUCUUAAGAAAGUGAGAAUCUUUGCUGAUUGUGAGGCUGGACUUUUGGUCGAACUUGUGCUGAAGCUCCAGCCGCAAGUUUACAGUCCUGGUGAUUACAUUUGCAAAAAAGGUGAUAUUGGCCGUGAAAUGUACAUCAUUAAAGAAGGAAAGCUUGCUGUGGUAGCUGAUGAUGGCAUCACACAAUUUGUUGUCCUCAGUGAUGGAAGCUACUUUGGCGAGAUCAGCAUCCUCAAUAUCAAAGGCAGCAAAGCUGGAAACCGAAGAACGGCCAACAUUCGCAGCAUCGGAUACUCUGAUUUGUUCUGCCUUUCCAAGGACGACUUGAUGGAGGCACUGACCGAAUAUCCAGAUGCAAAGGCAAUGUUGGAGGAAAAGGGACGCCAGAUCCUCAUGAAGGACAACUUGCUGGAUCUUGAGGUGGCAAGACAGGGACCAGACCCCAAGGACAUGGAGGAGAAAGUGAUCAAAAUUGGCACAGUAUUGGACGACAUGCAGACACGUUUCUCCCGUUUACUUGCUCAACAUGAGGCCACGCAGAGCCGCUUGAAGAGACGUGUCGCCAAACUGGAGAGUAAAAUCCCAACCGCCACUGGGGUCACAUUCACUGAGACAACCAAGACCGAGCCAGCGGUUCUGUCUCCUCCUGAGAAAGAGGGGAAAAUAUCAGAGGAGAAGAAAGUCGAAAAGUAAAUCGGGGUGGGAAAGAGAAGUGACUCUAUCACUGUCUAAUGAAUAAAAAAGGGAAUGAAAGAAGAAAGGACAUAAAUAUAAAACAUAUACAAAGGGAGAAUGAGAUCUGAUCUGCUAUCUGAUGCAGAAUAAAUCACAGCUUUUAUUCCAUGUGAACAAAGAUUCCCAGUUUAAACCAGAACCCAGAGAACAAAUCUGUAUCCAGUGACAUUAUACAGCAGUUAGUAUUUACUUUGUUAUGUAUUAUAUAUAAUGUAUUUCAAUUACAAAGCAUUUUAU